AUCAUAUCAUCCUGAAAACAUCUAAGGAGUGGUAGUUUGAAUCAUCAAGGGGCGGGACUUGUCUUUAUUUAGUUUCUCGUCAAAUGACUCAGUGCUGCACCAUGGCUGCGACAGAAGACCAGACAGACAGAUUCUUCACAGCAUCUUCUUUUUGGGAAGGAUAAAUAGAAAUAAAAAAAAACAGCAUCCCCCAGAAAGUAUUGUGACUGAUGCCAAAAUGCUUGAAGACUUAAAGAGCAUCUAUCUUCGGCCUUUUGACCACUAUUCCUCUCAACUGCCCAAGCGGAGUCCAUUCUCAUGUGUGCUAGACAUGAUUGUCCUCCUGACUGGACAGCAGAAUGAAGAGGAAAUAAAGAAGAAGGUGCGAGAGAUCACCAAACAACUGAGGAGGGGUAAAACAAGGCCUCUUAUCUCCUCCAACAUCUGUGUCUCUCAGAUCCCAAAUUCAGUCAGCUACUAUGGUGUCUCCAUGUCCACUGCUGGGCGUAUUCCUGGUAGAAUCAUGGUUGCUGCGUCCUGUCUUAGCUCCUGGGACAGUUAUGUGGCUGGUGCAGUGAUGACCUACUACCCAUAUAAUGCCAAGAAACGAUAUUUUGAUGGGACCAUCAAACUGCCAGAGAAUGUCAGGUGUGAGGCGUUUAAAAUCGUUCAAGGAGAAGAACUGCCUGCUUGCAGAUCAUGUAAGAAUUUGUUUAGUUUAAAAACAGAUGGAACCAAAGAGUGGCCCUACGGUAACUGUGCUGAAGUUGAAAGUCUGAGCAACUUGUUUAAAAAUGUUGAAGAAGUUAGAGAGCAAGCAAGACCAACAUCGGCAAAUAACACAGAGGAGAACAGGCAGAGGGCUGAAGAGAGUGUCAAGACAGUGCUUGAACGUCUGCUGAGACAGCACAACUUUACAUGGGAUGGAAAUUUCUUCACCCCACAAUGAGUUUCAAGUGCAGCGAAAUGCUUUGGCUCCCUGCUCUUUCCUUUUUAAUCAUACCUGUGUCUUAAAGUUGCAAUGUGUAAGACAUGAUCAGAUUUGAAGUGGCUCAGACUUUCAGCUUAGUUUAAAACAUUAAAACAAAUCUACUAAUCUUCAGAUCUACUGAAAUAAGCGUGUUAACCUGAAUCCUUGAAUAUUAAAUAUUGUAAGUAGAAUUCUUACGGUGCUUCCUUAUAACUUGAAUAGAGCAAAUUCUUUUGAUAUAAGUAUUUACUUUAACAAUGAAGAUAGAAAUGCAUCAAUGGAGAAGAUUGUAAAUCAAAA